UUGAAGUUUUAGCUGAAAUUUGGUAUGAGUGAACUAGACUUAAUGAAUAAUAUGCUCAAAAAAUUUCAUCAAAAAAUUCUACCGGAAACCGCACCAAAUGGCGACGGCCGGUCAGAGCUUCAUUUAUAAGGCCUUAUUUGACCUUUUUAUGUAAGUUCGAGGCUCUAUCUGGCCCUUUUCCCAUUUUAUAACUUUCCAAAUUUGGUCAGAUCUAAUAUAAUCCUGGACUGAAAAUAGUCAAGUAAAAUUGUAAAAACAUCUUUAGUACUCAUUAAUACUCCGUAAAUAAGACUAGGACUACUCCUAAAUGUAAUAAUUAGACUGCAAUCUUUUUAUUUUCAAAAUGGGAAUAACAUUAGAUAUGUCUCAUCUUCUUAUUCUACAUCGAAGUUUUAAAUUACGGUUGCACGAGCGGUUGUGGGUUUUGUGAUUGGGCUAAUACUGCAGUUGCAGCUGCAAUGCGUAUUACCGCUGAUGCGGCGUAAAAUAUUGUCAAAUUCGCACAACAAUCAAUUGGCGGAGGGAAGUGAUGCGGCAGCCGUACCAGAUGCAAUUAUUGACAGAAUUCCGACGGUGACGGUCACGGCAUCUCACUUGAAAGACAACGAUUCCAACGCUUGUUCUGUUUGCAAGGAAGAGUUCCAGGUCGGGGACGACGCCAGGGAAUUGCCCUGCAAACACCUAUACCACUCCGAUUGCAUUCUCCCCUGGUUGAGGAUUAAAAAUUCAUGCCCCCUCUGCCGCCGUGAACUUCCCAUUCUUCCGCCGGGAACACGGGAGGAAGCAGCCGCAGCUGUGGUGGAUGAACAAUCCGAAGAAGAAGCUGAAUUAGAAGAUUCCGCAUCAGAACUAGAACCGCAAUCGGAGAUUAGUAGCCACAGUGUGCUGCCACUAGAAGAAGAAGCUGAAUUAGAGGAUACUGCAACAGAAUUAGAACCGCAAUCUGAGAUUAGUAGCCGCCGCUUGCUGCCACCAGAAGAAGAAGAAGCUGAAUUGGAAGUAGUGGAAGAGCAAUUUGGAAGUAGAAGCCGCCGUGUGCAGCCGCCACUCUCGGCGGGAAUAGGAGAAGAAGAAUCUCCAAGGCAGGUGAAGAGUCGUGUUCGGAGGAGGACGGCCGUUGUACCUAAUUUAUGCUUGUGCCUCGUCGUGGCUUUCUCUAUUAUUUUUUUGAAUGUAAUUAAAUGGCAUAUACUGUAUUAAAAUAUGGGAGAAAGACCAAAAAUGCCACCAAAGUUUUUAACAAAGCUCAUAUUAGACACUAAGGGUGCAUUGUAUUAGGAAUUAGUGGCAAAAUUUUAAAAGUACAUGAAUUUUAAAAAUUUAGGUGUAUUCAAUGUGAACUUUUAAAAGUUUACAAAAAUCUAGGUGUAUUCAAUAUAGACUUUUAAAAGUCUAUAAAAGUCUAGACAUAUUCAAAGUUCCGUUCAUUCUUAUGGAUUUCUAAAAUCA